AUGGCGCUGCGCCGGUGCGCGGCCACGGCCCUCGUGGGUGGCGCGGCCGCCAUCGACAACGGCCUCGGGCUCUCACCGCCGAUGGGCUGGAGGAGCUGGAACUGCUACCACAACGACGUGGACCAGGACAAGCUGCAGAGCGUCAUGGCCAAGGUGGCCAGCCGUGGCCGGCUCGUGGACGGCAGAAACGCGAGCCUCGCCGACGUGGGCUACGUGGACGUGGGCCUGGACGACAAUUGGCAGGCCUGCGGGGCAGGCGUCAACGGGUCCUUCCACGAUGCCGAGGGGCGCCCUCUCAUCACCGAGGAUUCCCGUCCAUGA